CCCGAAAGCGUCAUUUCGACAAUUCAAUUGGUUACCAGGCCGCUGGACAGGCCGUUGAGGGAGAACGGCCCACCCGUCAUGCACCGUCGAUGGAGGCCUCAUCCCGUAGGGCAUUCGUGAUAAGGGUACCGUAACCACAGAUGCUGCAGCUGUGGUCAGAAGCCCUUUCGUUAUGCCCGUCAUCGCGGUGAGUUGCAUCAAACCUCUUAGAGUUCUCUCGUAUGUGAGAUCUCCCAAGGCCAAGACGAAAGCACAGGGUUGGGCAUCUGUGCAUAUUGUCACCUGUCCUGCAACCGAGGUAGUCGCUGCCUGUCCUCGUCUCGGAUGCGAUUCCCCUCCGCGUUCCCGCCGCUCUCAUCGUCAAGGGCCCUGUGUCGGCAAAAGCAGGUUAAGUCCGACACCUUCACCGGUGCAAACUGCGACUUCUUGGCUUCCGGAACAAUGGGAGCCAGCCGUUCAUAUGCUUGGGUGCACCCUCACCGGGCGGCACUCGUUUGAAUUCCACCGCGAGACGGAGACCAAAAAUUUGAAGGAGCGGACGCUGACAGCAGAACCAACUCUCCUGCGAUAUGCACACUGCUCAUCGUGCCGAACCAACCCGGGGCACGACCUAGACAACCAGGGUGGCUGCAUUUCGCAAGGCACAGUCCUCGUAACACGAAGUGAGAUUGCGCCCACACGCCGAUCCGUUCCAUGAGGGUAACGCGGGCGACAGGAUGCGCAAUGCGGUCACGCCGAGUCCUCUGGCAAUUUUCGAUGGCCAUGCCCUUGCGACUCGUGAGCACACGGACUGCUUGAGGCCAUGGAGGGUCUAGGGUACCUGUAGGGGAAGACGGAGCUGUCAGAUGUUGCCAAAGAACGCGUCAGCGGGUCCGGCUCUAAAGAACCGAACCUGCAAGGUAUCGAGACAA